AUGUCUGGAUUAAAUGUAAUUGAUCUGGUCAGGUGGAGAGAGCUAGAUCUUACUAAAACUUAUCGGAAGUUGGAACAAGAGGUUAGCAAGGGAACAGGAUCUGUUGAAGCAGUUGCAUUGAGCGCAAGCUUGCUUACCUUUCAAGACCUGGUUUAUCCGCUUGAUGGUGUAUGGGCUUUGUCUGGACUGGGUCAUGAGUAUGGGAUUGAUGUCCAAGCCAUUAAAAAGGCUGCAGUGUUGCACUUUAAUGGACAAAUGAAACCUUGGCUUGAGCUAGGAAUCCCCAAGUAUAAACAAUAUUGGAAGAGGUUUCUAAACCGAGAUGAGCAAUUCUUGGUUUCUAGCAAGCAGAAGGGAAUGGACACCUUGGAGGCAGCUGUGGUUGCCAGGAAUGGAGAAUUUGGAUGUGGUGGCGGCGGCGGCGGCAGCAGCAGCGGGUAG